AGAGAAAACAUUAGCUCUGGGAUUUUCCCAGUCAGUCACCCUGAGCUCUGAGUGACCCUCUGCACUCUUACGUAUGCACUGGACCGCUUUGAAUCAAUCCUGCUGUGCUGGGAUCUCCCUGUCGACCCAGCCUUGCACAGAGUUUGUCAUGAUCAGUUUAACCGGAGAAUUAUUUAUUAAAUGCAUUUAUGAGACUAACGCUGAGUGAAGUUGGCAGCCAGCGAGGACACAAAGCCAUUGAUUCUGUGUAAAUGUGUUAAAAUAAUGCAUCAAGUGCACGUGGACUUAAUUACACCCAGAGAGGGGCAGCAGAGUAUGAAAUCGGACAUGAUGACCCAUUGAUUACUUCACUACAGUAGAAAACUAUUGAUCCUGCAACGCCUGUGCAAAUUACUGCACAGGAUUAAUAACGUUGGGAUUCUAAUUACAGCAUCAGUGUUUCCUUCUCUUAUUUACAUGUGGAGAAAAUAAUGGAGCCCAAACAUAUUCUAUGCUGUCAAUCUGGCCUAAUCUAUCUAAAUCUAAUCUAAUUCAUGCACCUAAAUGAAGGACCAAAAUCCACGAUCAGCAGUCAGUCUCUGAGCUGUUAAUAAUGUCAGUAUUUCUGUUGAAAAGAGGCAGACACAGUCAAAAAUGACAGUAUUUACCUGCUAAGACUGAGGUCAUUAUUGUGUUAAAAGCAGUUACACCCGUGGGGCUGUGAACUGAAAGAUCAGAAUCUGUUGGUAUUGAAUUUUCUCGGCUCAGACGAGUGUUGGCACCCCUCCCUGCAAACACUGUUGAUUUGUUGCCACUUUGUUUCUGGCAACAGUGAAGGAGAGGCGGGUCACUGAAGUUUAGGUGACGUGCAGGGCCUCGUGUGGACGGAGCCAACGAUUUUUUAAAAACUUUUUGGUGACCGCUUCAGGGCUGCAUGACCCGAGGAGAUUUAAGUCACCACCGACAGUCUGUCCAUGCAGCUGCGAGUCAUAAUGGCAGAGUGAAGAUGGGGGACUGGAACUUUCUUGGAGGGAUUUUGGAGGAGGUGCACAUCCACUCCACUAUGGUAGGCAAGAUCUGGCUCACCAUCUUGUUCAUCUUUCGCAUGCUGGUCCUCGGAGUGGCAGCUGAGGAUGUGUGGAACGAUGAGCAGGCCGAAUUCAUAUGCAACACUGAGCAGCCUGGAUGCAAAAACGUGUGCUAUGACCUGGCUUUCCCAAUCUCCCUCAUCCGCUACUGGGUGCUGCAGGUCAUAUUUGUGUCCUCUCCCUCGCUGGUUUACAUGGGCCACGCGCUCUACAGGCUCAGAGCUCUGGAGAAGGUGCGGCAUAAAAAGAAGGCCCUGCUGCGGAAGGAGCUGGAGCUGGUCGACGUGGAGUUGGCAGAAGAGAGGAGGAGGAUUGAGCGUGAGAUGAAGCUGCUUGAUCAGAGGAAGCUCAACAAAGCUCCUCUGAGUGGCUCCCUGCUCCACACAUACGUGGCUCACAUCGUCACUCGCUCCGUUGUUGAAGUGGCCUUCAUGACAGGCCAGUAUCUCCUUUAUGGCUUUUACCUCUACCCACUCUUCAAGUGUGAGCGGGAUCCUUGUCCAAAUGUCGUAGACUGCUAUGUUUCCAGACCAACAGAGAAAAGUGUCUUCAUGGUGUUCAUGCAAUGCAUCGCUGCCAUCUCCCUCUUCCUAAACAUCUUGGAGAUCAUGCACCUGGGCUACAAGAACAUCAAAAAGGCCAUCUUGGACUUCUACGCUGACUUGAGAGAUGAAGGAGAUGAAAUGGAUGACUUGUUUUCGAAGAAGUACAAAAAAGAGUCUGUUGUGCAAAUAUACACUGGUGGAGCCAGAAAGGCCACAAUUGCCUCUGCACCCAGUGACUACAACCUCUUGAUGGAGACGGUGCAGAACACAAUUAUGUACCCAAACCUUAUCAAAGCUUCAACGUGUCUACCUCUUCAGGGCGAGCAGGCCACCCAGCAGGACUCUGAUGAUUGCAGAUGUUCGACUCAAAGCCCCCCAGAGCACAACUGUACCUCGACUACUGAUGAGCCCUGUUCAAUGUGCUGUGACUUGCUAAUAAACCCAAAGCAGGGGGGCAAGGACUUUUUACAUCUUCCCCCACACAGUGAGGAAGACAGCAGUGAGAGUGGGAGCCCAGACUCUCUGAAAUGCCCACAGAAAGCAGAUCACACUUCCUCCCUCCCCACACUGCCGGUGAGCACUUCAAGGAAACCGUGGAUGGCUCGUGGCUCUUUCAAAUGCUUCACGGUGCUAGAGGGUAAAAGCUCUGAUACAGAUUCAUAUGGGGGCGUUAAAGUCAGUAGCAGACCUCCCUCCACUCACACUCCGUCGGACGACAAACAUCAAAGCCGGCCCUCCACCCCAGAGUCACUUGAUGACUCCAUCUCAGGAUCCAGGGGCAACACCAGACCGUCUUCCUCCAACUGCAAAACAUCAAUGGCGAGCAACACAAGCAGCAGGCGAGCUCCAGACCUGCAAAUCUGAACUUUGAAGAGUUUCCUCAUUUGCAUUAAUGUCACAUAUGCCCUCACGUCACAGAUUAGACUGUAAUUUAUAUAUUGAAUUGAGUUUCCUAACAGGGGAGGCGUCACUGAUACUUGCUUACUAUACUCCCAACUUUAAAUACUGAAUUCAAAUAAACAUUGCUUGGUUGAAAGUUUGACUGCUGCAAUAAUUACUUUAAAUGACAUGAGAAACAAAAUAUUGUUUUAAGUAUUUUUCCUACUCAUUUUGGAAUAAAACAGUUUCAGUUGAAUCCAACGUGUAUCGUUUUGCUGUCUGAAGGAAGGCUAGAAGGAGGCAGUGAUGCAUCUCUGUUUUAUGUUCAGCAGGGGAGAUACGACAAGCGU